AUGUUCUCCGUGAGUCACUUCCUCUACAAUUAUGAUUCCCAUCUUUUAUCCUUGUCAAUUCACAUUGAUUUUUCAAUUGUUAGGGUUUCUAUUAAACUCACUCCUCGCUCCCCUGGCUUCCAAUCGCACAUUGGCCGUCCACUGGCUGCACCUCCACGUCCUCCCUUUUAUCAGCGCUCCAAGAUCGCCACGAUCUCCGUCGGCGAGGAUGUCGUCGCCGCCUCCAAGCUCCCGUUCAUGUUGCCUGCCAUCCGCAACGUCCACCUCGCGCUCAGGGACAUCGGAAUCAAGUCGAUCUCCGUCUCCACGACCUUUUCCUUCAUCAACAUCGUCACGACGGCGUUUCCUCCAUCGGCGGCAACUUUCAAGGAGCCAAUCGGCAAGGCGGUGAUCCGGCCGCUGCUCCCACUAAAAUUUGUUUAA